AUGGCUGAAGAUAAAUCCUUCCGUUAUGGGCUCAUCGUCCUGGGCUUCUUUCUGGUGAUGAUUGGCAUGUUCAUCAUGAGUGUGGACAAGCCCCAGAUCUACAUCACCUUCUGUACUCUGGGGGUCUUGGUCAUAGCAGCAGGGAUCACUUGGAGCAUGUGCCAGUGCUACCCAAAGAUCAGAGUUGUUUCUGUUGACGCAGAGUCUGAACAGUUCCUUGCAAAGAAACCUGCUGCUUCAUCUGUGGAAAAUGGGAUUCCAGAAAAGAACAGUUCCCAGACUCCUUAUACCACCCAGAAAGAAGCUGAAAUCUAUGAAAAAAGCCUGCCAUCUUACGAACAGGUCCAAAUGAAAGCGGCAGGUGCUGCAGAGUGUUUGGGAGUUCAGACUACUUCAGACCUACUGGCCAGGGUAGGAGAAGGUACCCAGCUUGUUGUACAGGCCAAAGCAGAAGUCCACAGGGAUUCAGAGAGCAAUGGAGGUAUCCACAGGGACCCAGAAUCCCAGAAGAAUCCCACAAGGUUGUACCACCAACCUGAGGUGCUGAACCGGCAGGCGCCAUUAGCUUCUCUCCAAGAGGACGUGGACACAUCUUCAGUGGAAUCGACUUCCAACAGCCCAUUUCUACAAAAGUGCAAAGAUACCCCAAAGCUCUGCUCUCCACCAGAAAGCCAGCUCAGAUUCAAACUUCCUUCCUAUGAAGAUUUUGCUUUGAUUGAUUCCCUCAUGAGAGACAGUCAGGAUCAGUGCAAUGAAAAGACAGCACAGCCAAACAAAAAACAUCAGUCUGUUUCUGCCAUAGAUGGGGCACUGCCUAUGGAUUUGGGGGCGGGGCUAUUGGAAUCCAGAUUCAUACCCAGUAUGGAAGAGGGUGAUUUGUAUUAUGGAAUAUAUGAGGGAUCAGAAGAUAUCCUUGUAUCUGUGGAUACGGUCUUUGAACCAAAGGACUCACUAAGCAGUAAGACAGGGGAAUGUGAUAACUAG